AUGUCCUUACUGCGCGAAGCUGAGAGAUGCGUUGCUAAUCAAUAUGCGCAUGGCUUCAAUGCUUUCAUAACCCCACUGUCCCGCGCGGGGCCAUGGCUGGACCGCGUGAAGGAAGCAGAUGUGCGCAAGGAAGAAGGGAAAUCCAAGUCCGCAGUAGAUGGCCGCUUGAUCUCCAUCAAAGACAACAUCUGCACACGCGACCUUCCGACGACCUGCGCUUCAGGGAUCCUCGAUAAAUUCACGAGUCCGUUCAAUGCCACGGUUGUCGAUCAACUAGAGGCCGCCGGAGCCAUUAUCGCCGGGAAAACAAAUCUGGACGAGUUUGGAAUGGGAUCAAACUCGAUCAACUCACAUUUUGGACCGGUGAAGAACCCUCGUCGAGACUCCAGUGAGGAGGACCUCUCGGCCGGCGGCAGCUCUGGCGGAAGUGCUGUCUCAGUCGCCGCCGACCAAUGCUAUGCCUCUUUGGGAACAGACACAGGAGGUUCAGUCAGACUUCCCGCUGCAUACACCGGGACGGUGGGAUUCAAACCGUCCUAUGGACUGAUCUCACGAUGGGGCGUGGUAGCAUACGCCAAUUCUCUAGAUACUGUGGGUAUAUUGGGUAAAACCACCGCCAAUGUGCGGGAUAUCUUCAAUAUCCUCAAUCAACAUGAUCAGCGCGACCCUACCAACCUCUCAUUAAAAUCCCGUUCUCGAAUCCAAGACUCUCUCCAAGUACCGCGCCUUGCUUCGCGACUGACCUCUGCGCCUCUGCGAAUUGGUGUUCCCAUUGAGUACAACGUUUCCGAACUGACACCCUCAGUCCGGCGCGCCUGGGCUCUUUCUCUAGCAUACCUCCAGAAACAGGGACAUACCAUCCAUUCCGUCUCUCUACCAGACACAAGACACGCAUUGUCUACCUAUUACGUUUUGGGGCCUGCCGAGGCAUCUUCUAAUCUGGCCAAAUACGACGGAGUACGAUACGGGACUCGCGCCGAAGGCCCGGAUGGCGAUGGGAAACCCGAUGGGUAUCUAUUUGCGAAUACUCGGGGAGAAGGUUUCGGAGCGGAAGUGAGGCGACGAAUCGUUCUAGGCACGUUUACUUUGAGUGCCGAUGCCAUUGACAACUAUUUCAUUCAAGCACAACGGGUGCGUCGUUUAGUUCAGCAAGACUUCGAUGCAGUCUUUGCAGCCAAGAAUCCGCUAGCUGCGCAGGGAGUAGACAGCGCCGCGAAAAGGAAUGAUGUCGAUGUCAUCAUUUGUCCUACUGCUCCUUCAUCGCCCCCCCGGUUGUCGGACUUGAUGGGCGAAUCUACCAAACAAUCACCUCUGGAUGCAUAUGUCACCGACGUGUUCACCGUUCCCGCCAGUUUGGCUGGUCUGCCUGCAAUCUCAGUCCCUGUCACAGUGUCCGGGCAGCAAGAAGCUGAAUUGGCAGGUAUUCAGGUCAUCGGCCAGUAUGGCGAUGAUCAGUUGGUUAUGAAUGUGGGAGAGAUGUUGGAAGGAAGGAGUUUGGAUUAG